CACUUACUGGCUUUGUGGAAACGCGAGGCGUGGGUGAGGAAAGGCAGCACUUUGUUUCUGCUUAUGUAAUCCUCUGGGCGUCGUCACUGACGCUUCGCUGGAGGCCCCAGCAUGUGGGGGAUACAGCAAUUGGGGCGUAGGUACGGCAAAUAGUCUAUUAAAAACAGAUGAUUUAAUUGAAUACUGUAGUGUACAAACUAUUUAAUUAAGCAGAUGUGUCUAUAGACAUACUUUGAGGCUUACCAAAACCCAGUAUUCCAUCCCAUUUCUCACAUUUGAGGCAGGGCGGCGGAAUAUUCAUCCAUUCCUCCACUCCGUGAUAGAUUAGGAUCUACACAGCCCUCACUUUUCGUGCUCACUUUUCGUGCUCGCUUUUCGUGCUCACUUUUCCUGGAAACGAAUGGCUAGUUUCCUUGUAAGCGCCGAACAGAGGUUGACAUGUGGCGGCGCCUGGUAAAACAUGGGCGUCUGGAUAUAGCUGGGGAAGGUGACCAAUGUGACUUUUGUUUGUAAAUAUAGCCUGGAAUAUAUGUACCUGAUAUAUAGAGUCCAAAGUCUCGUCCGAACAUUCCGUACCUGAAUUAAUAGUGGGGUAACACGUCGGAUUUCUGAGAGGCGUUUAUGUACCCCCCUCUUGACUUCGCCCUCUCAACGACUGCCGCGCCGCCCUGCAUACGUAUUAUACAUAAUAACUCCAUAAAUACAGUGCACAGAGUGCCACCUAAGUUUCCUGAUCUAAUUCCAUCAGACGACAAACCCAAAUGACCGAGGCAGAAACAGUAACAGAGGAGAAGCGCUCCUCGUCGCGUAGUAAGAUAAGCGGAUACCUAAAAGAAGGUCUCGAAAAAGGCAAAGAGGGAGCGCUGAAGGGCAAGAUCGUGCUCGAGCAGUCCCUCGGCCUCGGCCACAAGCCUAACGUGGUACCGCCCGGCGAGGCUAAUAUCAACGGGGAGCUGCGCACCGUCCAGAUCGGGUGGCAUCCCGUUGGAGGGUUGGGAGGCAAGUGGUUUGCUGAGAAGACGGGGCUGGGUAAGAAGAUCACGGAGAAGAUCAAUAAGUAUCCUGAUCCUACGCAGCACUGGGCAGUGCUGGUGGGUGGAUUCUGUCAUGAGCUUUGGAUGGACGAGCAUUUGGAUGUCAUCUACAUCAACGAGGUCGUCGUCAAAGAUGAGUGGCACACGUAUGAAGUCGGAACCACGAGAUUCAACGACGAGGCGCUCCGACAAGCCGGCGAGAUGGUCAUCCACAACAUGAGAGCAACCCGGCCCGCCUACAACAUCAUCAGCAACAACUGCCAAAACUUUGCCGUCCUCCUCCUCGACGCCAUCAAGAUCGGCGCACACAAAGAGUUCGCCACCAGCUUCGCCGUGUACCAGGCCGCCACGGGCGCGGGCCAGAUCAAAGAUCUGUUCGUUGACCAACAUCCCGAGGAGCAGCAGGAUCAGCAGCGCCCGACGUUGCAUCACCAGGAUACGACGCAGAAUGCGCAGCAGGUCAUGGAGGAUAAUACGACGAAGUUGGAUAAUCACCAGCCGUCGUUCUUCUCUAGUGUCAAGGAUAGAGGGACAUCCCUCAAGGAUAGAGGGUUGUCGAUGUUUUCGAGGGGGGACAGUCCGAAGGAUGCCUAGAGAGGCUAGAUGGUGUAGGUGAGCAUGGGAGCAUCCCGCUGGCGCGAGGCCUAAUGAGGAGUAAAAUGGUGGUUGAGCAUUCUGAGGUUCUGCUCGGGUGCGAGAUAGGGGAGAUGGACUAGAGACGGCAUGCGUGGCAGCGAGAAGUUACCGUAUGAUAAGAUACCCAUGUUCGCAAUGAAUAAAAUAUUAAACGAUAUUGACGCCCCUUGGGCCGUGUUCCGUCAUGAUAGUGCGUGCGUUGCAAGAUAGCGUAAGAGGGCAUGUUCGCGAUCAUCAGUUAAAUCAUAUAUUCUAUGUUUAGC